UUGAGAAGGAUGGGGCAGAGGAGGUCAAUGUUUAAUAUGUCCCCUAUCCAGAGGAAAAAGCUGGGUCAGCAUUUUCUGCCCUAGUUCCCACAGUCUUGCAUUACAGACAUCUAAGGUCUGUGAUUUAGCAGCACCUUUACAUGAUGUAAGACUCUAGAGUGGGGAACUUUUAACUUUAAUCCAGAAUUAGUUUGCAACAGCACAAACUUCAGCUCCAAGUGAACUCUAUUGUAUCCACUAGAUUCAGGUUUAAGAAUACAGUCUUGUCGGUACACCAAAGGAAUACAUGGUCCUUGAAUCAUGAGCUUUCUAAUCUGUAAUAAAUAGAAUAUAUCAGUUAUGUAGUAACGAUUCCUCUAAACCUAUUGAGAAGCAGAGCCUAUUGGGCUAAAUUCUUGUCUGGAAUUGUGUGGCCCUGAUUUUAUGCUGCCCUGGGUUUUCAUCCUGUCUCCUGAUACAUGAGACCCCAGAGUAGCAUCUUCCCCCUUUUCCCCAGUGGUGCUGAUUGCUUUGAAUGGCACUUCUGCUCCUGCCUAUUGACGUGUUACUAAAAAGCUGCCUCGUAGCCCAAUGAUUUUUUUCAUACAUGGAGCCUUUUGGAGUUGCUUCAUACACAGGCCAAGCAAUGUACGAUGUGGUUUAAGACUUAACAGCAAGAAGGGAUGGAUUAGAGAGAGGCUGAGGUUGUACACAUGGUUCUCUUCUUAGUCCUGUAACUUUCCGUGUUAUUACCUCUUAUAAAACACUUUUGUUUCACAGCACCUUGUAAACAUUAACUGAGCCUCCUAAGCUGGGAGAGGUAGGUAUUAUCUCCCCUCUCGGGGUUGGGGAAAAAACGGGCAGUGGAAACAACGCCAAGUGGGAGUCAGACCUCAGAUUCGAUGAACACAGAGAUGUAGUCUGAGUAUCCAUCAGAAGAAAGGAAGAGAUGCAGGGAAAUGUAGCUAUGUAAACUUUUUCUCACUGUAGCUUUCCUAAAGCUGAGAAGGGGGUAGAGCAGAGGACCAUUUUAAAGGGGCCCUUGAGUACUAUGAAAGUAGACCUGAAACUAUAAGGGGCAAAGGGUUGCCUUUUUAGAGUGUAUAUGAGUGAUUAGUUAUGCGUUCUCCUUGAUCUAUUAAAAAAAAUGCCCUGUCAUGCAUAAAAAGUAGAAGACAGGUGGCUUUCCAAUAUACUUCAAGAUCACUUUUCACUGCAAUAAAUAGGCAGGUAUUUGAGGGUGGGGUUGCUUCAUACUUGGCUCCCAGUGAGGCAGCAGGCAUGCUAGAAGGUCUCUGCUGAAGCAAUACUCUGGCACAGUAGCAGGUGUCUAGUUACUUCUAGGUUAAGGAAGCCAAAUGACUCAAACAUGGGAAGCCUUGUCACUGAGAAAUGUACGGGAAGGAGAAACCACCAAAUUCCCCUUGCUUUCAUGAAAAGGAUCUCUUCUGAAGAGCUUUGAAUUUCUCCUAAGUGGUGAUCCCUGCUACACAUGCUGUUUGGCUGCAUGAGCAAGAGACGGCUGCUGCAAUAAACAGAAUGUUGUCAAACCCUUUGGAAAGACAAGGCCAUUGGUGGCACAUCACGAUCUCUUCGUAAGCAAGACUUGUCAUGGAAGAGCAGGAAAAAAGCUUGUUUUCCCCUUUAAAGAUGGCCCCCACCUCACACUGCAUGAAAGGACAUUUUGGUAUCAGCGCAGAGAAGUACUCAUGUAGAGAAGUGCUCAUGUAAUACUGUAGUUUGCCAGAGUGCUAUUUGCCGUAUUGUUGCUGUAAGCGAUCUCUGUUAUGGUUUGAAUAUUACUGUAAGAUGUUACAAAGUAGAAUUUCAGCACAAGGUAAAAGUAUUCACCAGAGCUAUAGGGAGACCAGACUGCUUGUUUAGAAGUUGUAUUCAAAGUACUUGCAGAUGUUUUUUCAGUGCAUAUGAAAUAGUAACAAAUAAUUGAGCAAAGAAUCUAUAAUAGUCCACAGAACCUUCCAUUCAAGGAUCAAAGUGCUUUACAGAUACAGAUCAAUGAUGCCUCUACCUCUCGGUGAGGAAAGUAUUCUCAUUUUAUAGGUAGAGAAACUGUGGAUCAGAAGUUGACUUGCCCAAGGUCAUGUGGCAAGUCUUUAUCAGAACAAGGAAUCGGAGUCAGAACUCGCUCGCAGUCCUGUGUGGUAAUCACUGGCCCAUGCUUCCUAUACCCAGGACACUUGCAUCUAAAGUGCAGACCUUCUGCUUUUUUACAUACUUUUUUGUUAGCUAGUUAAGGUACCAGGUAGUGGAAUAGUGAUCUUCUGGGUGGGCAUUGCCUGUUGGAGAAGGGUGGUUCUUGGGGAGAGAGUAAUACUGCCUUAGAUUGCACAUCUCUAUGGUAUAGUAAUGGGUGACUGUCAAAUCCUGAGCAUGUUGUAUCAUGGUAGGUAGAUUGACCAAGAGAAUGCUCCAGUAUUCUGGCUGAUGGUUAGGUUAAUAACCAUGGCCAUUAACGUGGUUCUUUUUCUGACUAAAACACUGAAGAAAAUUCUUUCAGCUUCAUAAUUAGAAGAGGAAUUGAAUGUUUCAUGUGUGAUUAGCUGUAGUUCAGCUUUCAUAGUCUGGCAUGGCCAGGUGCAUUUUUUGUUUGUUUUAAAAACACAUUAAUAAUUCAACAGACAAACUUUCAGAUGGACUUGUAUGUAUAGCUAAGUUGUUACAGAAGCCCAUGGGAAGAGAAAUCAUUCCCCCAAAGAAUCUUAACGAAAAGUCAACAGAUGGAAUGGAGUGUGACCAGUCCAUUGACUUUUGGUUCUUAUUGCUGAAGGGAGGCUUUGCCAGAACUGUACAAUGUGAUCGGCUUGCAAAAGGUCCCAGGCUAUUAGAGAGACAAGGUGGUUGAGGUAAUCUAUUUUAUUGCAAGUCGGUGCAAUAAAAGACAUAACCUCACUUACCUUCUCUCUCUAAUAAGAAUGUAGGUACUCCACCUCCUUGCCAGGCUGUCUACGCUGGGAAUUAGGUUGGUAUAAUUGUGUCACUCAGGGGUGUGGAUUUCCACAACUCUGAGCGACAUAGUAAUACCAAUAUAAGGCUAUGUCAACACUACACAACUUUUAGCGACAUGGCUGUGUCGAUACAGCCCUGCUGCUAAAAGUCGUGCAGUGUAGCCGCUGUUUGUCGUCUCUCCUGCCGACAAAAAACUUCCAUCCCCAACGAGUGGCAUUCCUGCCGACAACGCACCGUUCACACUGGCACUUGUUGCGGCAAAACUUUUGUCUUUUGGGAGGUGGGGGUUUAACACCUCUGAAAGACACAAGUUUUGUCGUUCCAUUGCCAGUGUAGACAUAGCCUAACUUUGUAUUGUAGACCAGGGCUAAGAAAGCCUGGGGAAGUUUGUAUGCAAAGGACUUCUUACCUCAUUCAGUGUCCUUUUCUAACUGCGCCCCACCACCACUUGUCAUGGGCCCAUGAAUUAUUCAUGUCCAAUUAUUCCUUCUUCAGCAUCGCUGACAAUAAACAACAUUUUGUCUACAAAGAAAUUCUUUUGCAAGCCUCCCCCAUUAGGAUGACCCACACUGUAUUUGAAAUCUUUCUUCGAGGACAUGAAAUGAAGAAUCAAUUCAUUGACUUUCUAGAGUUUAACAUAUGAGUUGUGGUCAAGUAACAUACAGAGAAGCCGAGAGAAUGAGCCUAAACCGUCUUAAACUCACCAAUGGUAAAUAAAUCAGAAUGGCUAAACUCUGGCAGGUCCCUGGGGCUUACAGAGUAAAACUCUAGUACUGGCUUUCUGAUGGCUGAAACUUUGCAUUGUAGUUACCCGCCUUUAUGGGCCUUAACUGCAGUGGCUAAUUCCAGCACUUGAUCAGAGAGUGGGGAAGGGGGCAUUCCUGUCUGGCAGGGAGUGUCUCAGCAGUUUUCACUAGGAACAGGCAUGAAACCGAAAAGAGUGGUGGGUUAAGCAGUUAGAAAAGUGAGUGUAUGCUAAGCACUGUCUCAGAUGCAGAUGACUCUGCUGGAAGGAUGACAGGAAUCCGCAGGAGAGAAACAGACGCAGGGAUUGAAAUGGCUGAAGCUUUGGCCUAAAUAGAAGUAAAUGUGGAAGGGUUUUUCUAGAUCAGGGAAAUGAAUCAGAGGUGGGUUUUUUUGGCUAAUUCAAGCCACUCAUGCCCAUUCACUAAAAUGGUGUGAUUGUGCCUUGUCAUAUCCACAGAUGGAGAUGUAAACGUCCCUAAAGCACCGGGAGAAUCUAUUUCGGACCACUCGCUGUAAUGCUCACAAGGGGUCUUUAAGCCGAGUUCAAGCGGCAGACAGUGAUACUGUGGCGUAAUGUAUUAACAGAGACCGCAGCAGCACAGGUUCUGCUCCUAGCUCGUAACGUGAAAUAAUGCGAGUAGGAUCCUAACUAGUCUGUGGCUCGAUAAUUGUCAGAGAGUUUCAGAAUUCAUUCUGAUUGCAUGCCUUUGCUUCAAACUGCUUGUCACCUUUCAACAGGAGUCCCGUUUCAGCUACAAAUGGUAUAUACUAUUAGUUUGUGGCCUUGCCAACACAUGCCUCUGGGAGGACCUCUCCCUGCUAUAAAUAAAUGCUGCCAAAUUCAACAAGCUGGACUGAGUUGCCUUUUGAAGUGCCUACUGGAAAUGGACUGUGGUAAACUGCACAUUGCUGAAAGAAUGGCGUUGAUUCAGACUGUAGCAGUUGAGGAAUAAAUUGAGUACGCCAAUUGGUUGAAUUUAACCCUUUUGACUAAACAAAGUUAGCUGAGCCCCUCCAGCAAAGCUGAGCGUGCUCUAGACACCAUGAACUUCGAUGUGAUCAAAGGCAAACCCAUCCGCAUUAUGUGGUCUCAGCGAGACCCCUCUCUGAGGAAGUCGGGGGUUGGGAAUGUCUUCAUCAAGAAUCUGGACAAAUCCAUAGACAACAAGGCACUUUAUGACACAUUCUCAGCAUUUGGGAAUAUCUUGUCCUGCAAGGUGGUGUGUGAUGAGAAUGGCUCUAAGGGCUACGCAUUUGUGCACUUUGAGACCCAGGAUGCUGCAGACAGAGCCAUCGAGAAGAUGAAUGGCAUGCUGCUAAACGACCGCAAAGUAUUUGUUGGGAGAUUCAAGUCCCGUAAGGAGCGGGAGGCUGAGCUGGGAGCCAAAGCAAAGGAGUUCACCAAUGUUUAUAUUAAAAAUUUUGGGGAUGACAUGGAUGAUGAGAGACUAAAGGAGCUCUUCAGCAAAUAUGGCAAGACACUGAGCGUUAAGGUGAUGACAGAUCCCACUGGAAAGUCCAAAGGCUUUGGGUUCGUGAGCUUCGAAAAACAUGAAGAUGCCAACAAGGCAGUGGAAGAAAUGAAUGGAAAGGAUAUUAAUGGAAAAAUGGUAUUUGUAGGCCGGGCACAGAAGAAAGUAGAGCGCCAGGCAGAGCUGAAACGGAAGUUUGAGCAGCUGAAACAAGAGAGAAUCAGCCGGUACCAGGGUGUUAAUCUGUACAUUAAGAACCUAGAUGACACUAUUGAUGAUGAAAAACUGAGGAAGGAGUUUUCGCCUUUUGGGUCUAUUACAAGUGCCAAGGUGAUGCUGGAGGAUGGACGAAGCAAAGGGUUUGGCUUCGUCUGCUUUUCCUCUCCAGAAGAAGCUACCAAAGCCGUGACUGAGAUGAAUGGGCGUAUCGUGGGCUCCAAGCCAUUGUAUGUUGCGCUGGCACAGAGGAAAGAGGAGCGAAAGGCCCACCUCACUAAUCAGUAUAUGCAGCGCAUUGCUGGAAUGAGAGCCCUGCCUGCGAACACGAUCAUUAACCAGUUCCAGCCAGCUGCUGGGGGGUACUUCAUGCCUGCUGUGCCCCAGGCUCAGAGCAGACCCACUUACUAUUCACCCAAUCAGAUGACGCAGAUGAGACCUAACCCACGCUGGCAGCAAGGGGGGAGACCUCAAGGAUUCCAAGGAAUGCCGAAUGCCAUGCGCCAGUCCGGACCGCGCCCAGCACUGCGCCAUCUGGCUCCUGCUGGCAAUGCUCAGGCCUCUCGUAGCCUCCCUGCUGCUGCCCAGAGAGUUGGCGUCGCCACGGCAGCUCAGAAUUUAGCCCCUCGUCCGCCUGUAACUGCCCCGGCUCCCAGAGCAGUUCCCCCUUAUAAAUAUGCCUCAACGGUCCGCAGCCCACACCCAGCAGUACAGCCUUUGCAGGCACCUCAGCCUGCAGUACAUGUCCAGGGACAGGAACCUUUAACUGCGUCUAUGCUAGCUGCUGCCCCUCCCCAGGAGCAGAAACAGAUGCUGGGAGAACGUUUGUUCCCCCUGAUCCAAGCUAUGCACCCCAGCCUUGCGGGGAAGAUCACAGGAAUGCUACUAGAGAUUGACAAUUCAGAGCUACUGCACAUGCUGGAGUCUCCAGAAUCCCUCCGGUCAAAGGUGGAGGAGGCUGUUGCUGUGUUGCAGGCUCACCAAGCCAAGAAAGAAGCUGCCCAGAAGGUGGGCGUGGUUGCUGCUACCUCUUAAACCAGGAAGACUGGAUGCAAAGAAGCCAAAUAACCCCUUCACAGACAUCAGCUCAAGAUGUUUGGAGAUGCCCUUCGCUGUCCUGCAGAUCUCAACACCAUAUCACAUAGCUAUACUGUAUUUUGUAAAUUAGUCUUUAAAAAUCUUGUUUAAAAAGUCAAUUCCAUGACACUUUAGGUUUCCAAGACCAGGAUUAAGUUUGCAAGCUUUUCCUUUGUGGCCAGGACAGAGCUAAUCUUUGUCUUUUCUAAGCAGGACAUUGAGGAUUUCUGAUUGAAAGUUUUUUGUGGGUUUGGUUUUUAACUGAACAAUCCAGUUUGUGAAGUCUGGAAAGCCUUUAUCAAUAAAGGAAUAAAACCUUUCAUUAAA